AUGAAGCGCGCGACUCUACACGAGGAUAAGGCAAAUAAUAACCUCGAUGAGACAGUGCGCAAGAAAGUCAAAAGAGCCAUUGAGGGAGAGGAAGAAGAAAAAGUUGCAGAAGAAACGAUAGGAGAAGAUAAAAAUGAUGGUUUCCGCAAAUGCGCUUCUUUAAACUGAAUAUUCCGCUUUCAGGAACAAAUGUAGCAGGUCGAGUGGCUAGUGUUCACUUGCAGAACUUCAUGUGUCACGGAAACUUGGAGAUCGAUUUUGACACAGUCAACAAUAACUGCUUUUACAUUGGAGGCCCCAACGGAAGUAAGUUUUUUUUUUCAAAAUUCAAGCAAUUCCUAUUGAAAGAGGAAUUUUUUUAUAGGUGGUAAAAGCGCUCUGUUUGCUGCGAUAAAUUUGGGACUUGGUGGACGAGGAAGCGACAAUGAACGUGGAAACGCCGUCAGAAGUUACGUGAAAGAAGGAAAAUCGUUGGUGAUAUUUUGUUUUCAUGUCGAUUUAAAAUAUUGCAGUUCUGCAAAAAUUCGGAUAGUUCUGACGAACACGGGAAGUAAUGCCAGACGGGAUUUUGGCGAUUUCGUCGCGAUCGAACGUUCCAUCACUCAGUCUUCGUCUACAUACCACCUGAAAGGAAUCACUGUCAACGGAGACAAGCGCACAGGUUAUCUUUUUUAUUUUCAGUUUAAAGAUAGACGUAAAUCGACUUGUGUCCUAGGAAUGAGAAUUUCUCAGAAGAGAAAAUUUUAAUCAAGGGAUAAUGUCAAGAUGAUGAUUUUUAUCCCGAGAAGUUGAAUUGAUGACGCUACAUAUGACCAAUCUUUCGAGUUUCUCGCCAAGAUGUGCCGAAAAGACCAGAAUAAAAAUCAUAAUACUUUUUUUUCUUCAAAGUUAGCUAAUAAAUAGUUUUUGCAUGACUUAAGCCUUGUCAUGGUAUUGAAUAUAUUUGUUUCCCUUUUUGAUUUACAAUUUGUAGAACGUGUGAUCUCAAAGAAGAAGUCAGACAUCGAUGAACUGAUCCAGCACUUUAACAUUCAUCUCACGAACCCUGUUUUUUGGAUGAGCCAAGACCGUUCGCGUAGUUUUUUGGCCAACAUGAAGCCUUCGAAUGUUUACAAGGUUUUCGUACCGUGAAGACAUCAUAAAAAGGGAAAAUGUUCAGCUCUACAUCGAAGCUACCCUCUUGGAUGUGAUCAAGGAGAAAUAUGUGAAGUUUGGCUGCGACUUGGAAGAUCUCGAGACGAUUCUACUCACCAACGAGAGAGACCUGUCCAGAAAGCAAGAGUCGGUUUUUCAUAAACCUCUUUUUUUUUCGCUCAAGUUGCUCGGUAGAUUUAUAUAACUUAUUUUCUACAGGCGAAUGCGCUUUGAUCAGAAUUAGUAAUAGGAAGAAACAGGUUUCGAAAUUAUUGAGUAUCAAUAGACUUCCAGACAAUUGUCUCGAAUGCAAGAAGUGCAGCAAUUGAACGAUAAACUGGAAGAACAGAAGCAGGAAGUGGCCGAAAUCAAGUGGAAGCUCAUUUUCUGUCCUUCGCGCGAUGCUCGCAACGUUUUAUCUCCCCGAAUUCUCAUAUCAAUGUUUUUUGUUGCAGGAACUUGUAAUCUGGGAAAAUAAGUUCAACAAAUUGGUCAGCAAGAUCGAACACAUUGGCAAGAAGACUAUUGAAAAUCGCACCGAUCGGCAGGUUGGCCAAUACUUUUUUUGCCCAAUUCUUGAAUUUCUCGUUUCUUUUCGGUAUUUAACUUGUAGUCAUUCUUCUCAGAUAAAAAUUUUUUUAAUCCAUGAAUUGAAUUUUUUUUUCUCGAAUCAACCAAGUUCUUAGUAUGUCUCUGAAAGUUUUCCACAGCAGCAACGGGAGAGAAAACACUUAUUUUUGUCGCAAGCAGCAACGAUGAUCCAAUCGUUCUCUGUAAGGCUUCUCAGUAUUUUCGAUGGAUUUUUCGCGUUUCCUUCAUUAUUUCGAAAAUAACUAACGCCCAAAAUUCCUACUAUUUCUUUCUUGAUUUGAAUAUUUCAAGAGGAAAAAUGGUGCGACCGAAGACUGUGAGAAACGGGUGAUUGAGAAGAAAGCGAAGCUCGACCAGUGUCGCGGUUCGUUGCAAGAACUCGCAGACGAAAAAGCGUAGGUGACCUCUUCGCCGUCCUAUGGAUUAUUUUGACUUUCAGGGCGGUUUAUGCGGACAUUCGACAGGUGACCUCAGAAAUGAAGACUAAAGCCGAGGAGAAAAUGUGAAAAUUGAGCACACGACCUUUUUUUGAAAUGCCUUUCUUAGGUCUCUUAAAAGGAAGAUUCAAGGUGCAGAAAGGAAUAUCGAAGAAUUGAGGCGCAGCAUGGAGAACGACGUUCAAAAAAAUCAGCUUUUGCUCGCGGAAAGACAACUCGAAACGUUGACCAAACAGGUGAAAAAUUUUUUGAAAAAAAAAGAGAAAAGUUAUGAAGGCCCUAGCACGUUUAGUUUUAAGUCUUUUAAGAAAAUACAGAAAACGAUUUUUUUUUUGUGUGUGAUUAAAACGCAUUUAUUGAGGCACAUUCAGAACUUUAUAAAAAAAAGUACAAGAAAAAGUAAAAUUUUGAAAUUAGAAGAGAAUCGAUUUAUUUUACUGAAUGGUUUCAGCUGCGCGAGGAAGAACAGUCGGGCAACCAAGGGGCCUUCGAGAAACAAAUUCAAGAGCUCAUCGCCGAGAAAAACGUGGCAGAGCAGAAAUCGAACGAGGCUAAUGAGAAGAUGUACCAGCUGCGACGCGAUGUCGCGCGCGUCGAAGAAGAUCUGAAGAGCUACCAGGCGACUUCCGUCGACGCUGUCAACAGGUUCUCUAAAAAAUCCUUUUUCAAUACUGAUUCUCAAUAAUUCAAUGAAGUUAUUUGAAUUUGUCUUUCAGAUUUGGCUACCAAACACGCGCCAUAAUAGAGACGCUAGAGCGGAGCAAAAACUUGUUCGACCAGAAGCCUAAAGGACCACUUGGUGAGAUUGGAAAGCGCUGAAAUAGGCGAGCAAUUGAUUUAAGGCCGGUACAUCCGUCUGCGAGACUCCAAAUGGGCGAUGCCGAUUGAAGAUCGCAUCGGAAUGGCCAACGCAAUGUCGUAUAUCUGCCACUCGGCUCGCGACGCAGACACUCUUCGAAAGAUUUUCGAAAGAAUCCGGAUUCCGCAAAAAGAGCUGCCCCAGAUCACCAUUAUGAAGUGAUUCAUUAGCAAGCCCUACACCUUAAAGUCUAAGCCGGAGAAAACGUUGAAAAUUAGAUGAUAUGGCAAAUCUCUUAUACUCCGUCAUCAUUCGUUUCAAAAAAAAGUUGAAUAUCACACAGCUGUCAUUUUUUAAAUCAAAAACCGUCUUUUUUAAAUUUCAUUCAGUUCAAAAUUAUGUUAUUAUUAAAUUUGUUUAAAGCUGAGAUGGUUAUUGUAAGUUGAUCACGUAGUUUUUGAAUAUUCAUAGUUUAUUCAACUUUAACCCAUUAAUGGAAAUGUUGUGGACUUUCAUUGAAUAAUCAAUGUUUUUUUUUCUCAGGUUCUCAGGCAGAAAAUACGACAGACUGAUGGAACCGCCGGCGGAUUGGAACACAGUUUAUCGUCAAAUCGACAUCGAAGAUCCAGAUGUCCAGUGAGUCCCGCCGUCUUUUCCGCCUACAAGUCGAAUAUUUUGUAGCAACGCAAUUAUUGACAUGUGCGGUGUGGAAGAAACUCUGCUGAUUGAACGAGAUGAUGAAGCGAGAAGAAUUAUGGAUGGAAAUGUAUGUUUCUCUCCAUAUCUAAUUUGGUGACCAAUUAAAUUUUUUUGAAAGUUUUGAUAAUUAGUAGGUCCUUAUUUGACACAUCGAGAAAUUGUGCCGAGAGUCUUUAAAGUUCCCUAUCAGAAUAUGAGAAAAAGCUUCAAAAGGAAACCGCGCUUUUUUCUGAUCUUUGUCGCUUUUUUUCCUCAUUCCCCUGCUGUCAGGCCGCAUUAACAGCCCUUUCUUCAGUCUUCGGAAAAAAAAAAUUCUGCUGAAUCAUGGAAUAAUUGAAAAGUUGUUUGUCGGUUCGCGAAACUGUCGUUGAUCAAGAACGGCGCGCAGAACAUAUCGCACUUCUUGUGAUAGUAGUAGCCGAGUGUUUUUUUUUUUCCGACGAUCAGCAGCUUCUCCGUGUUCAUGUCAGUUCGUCCUGAAUUCCAGGCGCCGGACAACGCCUCAGUGGCCUUCACUCUCUCGGGGGCUGUUGCUCAUUCUUCAUCCGGAGGUCGUCAGUACCGUUUCUAUGCAAAUCAAAAGCAAAACGCGACGGCUCGUGGUCUUUUUAGUGAUAACGUGGCUGAUAAAAAAUUCGACGUGAAGUAAGUUUGAGUGAAACUUUUCAGAAUUUAGUUGAUGUUCAGAGACGCCGAAGAAUUUAUUACGGCGAAGAGCCGGGAAAUAGCGGAUUUUCAGAGCAAUUGUCAAAAGGUUGGAAAAUUUCCCUUUUCUUAUAGUUUUUGUCUUGAUUGAAGCUUGAGAAUGAAGCUGCUCGAAAACGACACGAAAUAGUUCAAGCCAAGCUUAAGCUCUCUAAACAUGAAGCCGUGGUCGAAGGUUUAUUCGUACUUUGUUUUGGGUCCAAGGAGAUUUUCAGAACUGAAUAAAAAAAUCAGAUAUGCUCGUGCUGCUGUCGAACAACAGCAACAAAAAGUUGAGCAGAGCGAUGAACAAGCUGAUAUCGACAACUUGGUGAGUUUCGAUUUCUCUCAGGUUAUUUUCGAACAAAUUCUUCAGAGAAGAUGCAUCGGGGAGUUCGAGGCUCAGUUUCCAGCUAUCGAGGAAGAAAGUCGAUAAGUUGAAAGAAGUGAGUUUCGCACACUGAACAGUUGGCCAUCGAUGAAAUAUUCAGAAAGAGCAAGAAUUCAAAACUUCGCUUCAAAGUUUUGGUGACCGCCAAGCUACGUUGAAGUCGGAUGAAGAUUUGCGCCUGAAAGAUCUUUUGUCGGAAAAGGUUGGUUAUCAGGUUCUUCGAAGUUUCAGUUGAAAUGCAGGAAGAUCUGGAGAAACUUCGAGAAGAAAUCGACGCUCUGGAUGCCCAGUACGAGAAGUUGGACACGAACAAAACCUUGUUGGAGCAACAGCAGGAAAAGCUCUACGGAGAGGAGAUUCAGCUCAAAACGGCGUUGGAUGCGGCGAUCGCCAAGGUAGUUGGAAAGUAAAGAGAGAAACCCGAAGAAACAGAAGAAACAGCGGUUCGGAGUUCAUGUGAUGAUGUUUAACUUGGAAAUGAUUUUGCGCAAGUUCCGAAUUCAUACAGAUUAAAUGUUGAGGAUUGGACAGGUUCUGUCAGCAUUCAACUUUAAAUAAAUAAAGAUUUUGAAAUAAAUCUAUGAACAAAGCUCCCUUGCGAAAACGUUAUACCACAACUUCUAUCAAUGAGCGGUUUCAGGUAGAAAAAAACAAGGCUUUGGCUGAGAAGCCUGUGGGAUGCGACGACCCGCCAGAAAUGAGCGAAUUUCCACCGACGGAGCACGCCGAAAAUCGUCUCAAGGAAAUGAUCAGGAAAAUAGAGAGAGACUGCACACAGUAGGAGCCUUUCUUGGGUUCUCCGCAAUUUCCGCUUUGUUGCAGAAUCGAUGGAAACGUCACUGUCGAGACGAUCAACGCCUUCAAGAAGAAACUGAUGCAGUCGAAACGUCUCACGGGCCAGCUUAGAGACUUCAUUGAUGUUUAUAUAUUUCACACUUUUCAUUCUGAAAUAAAAAAAUCAAUGAAUACACAUUUUUUUCAGAAGUUGAAGCUGCGUUUGCGUAAUCGAGCGAAACUGUACCCAAACCUGAAACUGAUGACGGAACGCCGCGUGCAGCGCCGUUUUCUCGAGCUUUUGGACUACCGGUUGAUCAUUAGAGACGCGUUUCUUCUGUAGCGACAGUUUUGCAGCAAGUUCAACGGCGCCCUUCGUUUUGACCACGAGAAACGCACCUUGAACGUGGUCGUGCACAAGAAAGAUGCUGGUCCCAAAAACGACGAAAAAGGUUUUCUUUCACACGGAGCGUGUUGACAUUCUUUGCCUUCAGACGAAGACUUCGAGGAAAGUCACAGCGACAGUUCAGACUCUCCACCAGCGGCCAAAAAGAAAAAGACGCAGAAAAGGGAUACAAAUGAAAUUCAAGACUUAAAAGGUCCGUUUACAUUUGACAGUGCUUCUUUCAAAACUUUGGUUAGACCAUCUUUAGAUUUUUGGAGUGAGCCUUUCAGAUUUAGUAUUUUGGAUGCUUCGUAUGCAUUGUUAGUGAAUUUGAAGUUUUUACAUUGAAAAAUAUAUGAAACAGUCAUUUUGUAGGUGCGGCUAUGUAUAGAAAUUGACCAAAAUCGGCAAGAUGAAAAGAAACUUCCAAAAAAUUAUAAAUGUAUUAGAAAUAGUCUUCCAUUAUUUCAUAUUUGUUUAUUCGGCCAACUAAAUUUUUUCAACACCGAAAAAAAAAAUCGAGUAUCUUUGAAAUAAUAACAAAAAAAAGAGUAAAACAUGAAGCCUUUCAAGUCGAAAACUAUACGAAGAUCGAAUGAAUAACUUUUUUGGUAGAUGUAUUUUAUGGACAUGUAUAACUAUUUUUCUAGGUAUUGUAAGGGACUACGUAGAAACGAUCUGUAAAAGAGAGUGUACCGAAAAAAGAAAAUUCGAACUGCGGUUCAGGUCUUUCCGGCGGUGAAAGGUCUUUUGUGACGGCUGCUCUGGUGAUGUCGCUUUGGGAAGUAAUGGACCAGCCUUUCCGGAUGCUCGACGAGUUCGACGUCUUCAUGGACAUGCUCAACCGCAAGGUUGGUUUUUUGUUUCUAUUGUUUUAUAAUCCCAUUUUUCCAAGGAAAGGAUAUUCCAGUUCACUUUUCAUUCACAAAACUCCUCGUAAACCCCAAAAAAAAAAUUGGAAAAAAAAACAAGAGAAAAAAACAAAGAAACCAUGCUUAUGUUUUUUUUUACCUCUUGUUUUAUGUUUUCCAAUUUUUUUUUUUGGUCUUUGUGCCUUCAAUAUUUUUUACUGUGAAGGUAUGAAGAAGACAACUUCUUCAGGUUGUUAUGGACCUGCUGGUGAAAAUGGCGACAGAGAAGUUCACAAAUAACCAGUUCAUCUUCUUCACGCCUCAGGGAAUUAAGGAAUUGGACACUCGCGAGGGUCUUCAGAUUUUCGAAAUGCCUAAAGUUCGACCCUAA